AUGGUUGGACGAACUCGUUCUGCUCAAGGGAAAGAAACAAAGCAAGCAACGCCAAACGUCAAACAGGCGAGGGAGAGUGAGGCACGGGCAAGUCAAGCCGAUCUGGCCGCCCUUCAAGAGACUUUCAGGAAGACGUCCGAGCAGAUCGGUAAUGUACUAGCGUAUGCCAUUGAGUACCCGAUCGAAAAGGACGAGGACCCCAACUUCCGCCCCUUACAGGACUUCAUCCCGGUCAUCAAGGUCUGCAGAAUCUUCCUCAACAAGCUCUCCAAACCAACCAUCAACGUCAGCACCCAUCCGCUCGCACAAAUGUCCCCCGCCACCCUCCGCUCCUUCUCCAAAGCCAUGACCCAAAAAUCGCUCUUGAUAGCCGUGGGUCAUCUCGUCGAAUCCUUCGGCUAUGAUUUCCGGAAAAAAUGCCCUGGAUUCAUCAAUGGAGAGAUGGCCUAUGACGUCUUUGACAUCUUGCAUCCGGCCGUCGAUAUCAUUAAGAAAUAUCUCCGCAAGCAGCGAGGCGCUACUGCCGUCACUUCGGCAGCGGUGCCCUCUGCUGACUCUCUUGCAGCCUUUGCUCAAUGGCUGGAUGAUUGGUUCACAGCUUACAAUAGAUCUGUUCGCCGUUUCAUUGAAUUGUAUCCCCUUCCCCAACAUCUCUUUAAUCAGUUUCAUGCUUACUAG